CGUUCGCGGAGAGAGGGGACACCCUUUUACUUAAGGGGAGGACCGGAGGGUAGCCAAGGAAAAUCUUAUAAGCUAAAAUAAAAGCGAAACAAGGCAAGGUUCGGGCUGAGUAUUUUUUUUGCGCUCUGAGGUAGUGGCUAGACGCGUGGCCAUCGUUUUACAGGCCUUUUUACCUUUGGAUCCUAAGCAACAUGUGGGCAGAUGACGAGGCAGCGCCAUGGGACUUGGAAGAUACCCCUGCAGAAGACGCAGCUGCUGAAGGUGCUGCAUCUGCAGAAGGUGCAGCGCCAGAAGCAGCAGCUGAAGCGCCAAAAUUUACAUUAUUAAAACUUGAACCGCCACAUUAUAAUCAUCAUUGGGUUCGUCCUCUAUUUCUUAAUUACAAUUACCUUUAUUUAUACAGGCAAAAUUAUUACAAUGAUUGUAUCGACUAUCUAAACCAAAGGCAAAAAGGCAUAUUCCGUGAACCUCCGCGUGCCCAAGAAUGGGCCGAACGAGCAAUGAGAACCUACGACGAGAGGAAUCUCGAUAAGAGCUUCAAACGAUCUGCGGAUAUGAAAGAGAUAACUAACAUGCGACACGAUCCUAGAUACUAUAGUUACCACACGAGGGCGUACUAUAGCUUGAAAUACCAAAAGAUUCUAUAAACAAUCAUUUUGAUAAGGGAAAUCCAUAAAAUCGAUGUCAAAAAGUCACCCGCGGCAUAGACCUAGAUUUCGUUGUAGUAAACUUCAACUUUCAACCACUAACCGCCAUUGCAUCGUAUCGCUGUUCCUACAAACUUUCAGAAUAACGGAUAGAGUGAGAAUACUUUACUGAACAUUAAUUAUAUUCAAUUGUCAUUCAUUUCCACCUACUUAUUGUCGCGACAACGAAAUUUCUUUGUAACAGAUCAACGAAAAUUUUCUAAUUAUUCUUCUUUUCUUGUGAAAUUCACUGAACCAAUGGGAUCCCAGAUGUAUUUGGAAACGCAUUAAAUUUGUGUGCGUGUUGUGUACCGCCGCUCUAAAAAUAUACUUCCAUUUUUGAACGUUGAACGCA